AUGGCCGCUACCAUGGGAUCGCGACCUGGCUCGACAGGAUCCGCGCCUGCCCAUCACCCAUCUCUGCCCGCCUCCCCAACCCUCACUAACCCGGACAUGAUCCUGCCCGACUACCCCGACUACGACCGGUCCCCUUCGCCAGUUCGCCUCGACUCAAACCGUCCCCAGUCGCCUCUGACCAUGUGGAGGAACGCCCAGGCCGCCGGUGCAUCAUCAAGCGACAACAACAACAUCAACAACAUGCUGUACAACCAACAGUUCACCGGUUUUGCUUCUGCCACUCCCGCGACGCCAAUCAUCUACGGGAACGGGACAAUGCUCUCAGACAUCGGCGAGGUCACCGAGGCUGAGAGCACGCCCGGGAGGCCCUCACCUCCUCGGCACAUCCCUGUCCGGGUCUCACCUUACGGGACGGGAGAUAGCGAGAGCGAUGCUGCUCUACGAUCUUCACCGACGAUGGGCCAGCGCGAGAGUAUUUCAGCUAUCAAGAAGAAGGCAAAGGAACAGGCCGCAGCACAACGAGACCGCCGCUCCUCAACCGGCAGCGACAGCACAGUCACCGACCACCAUGACCAGGCCAACCUAUUUGCAGACUUUAGUGACGCUGUCAGUGUGGGAGGCGACAGCGUCUUCCAGGGCGACGAUGAGGAGAGCAUGGCUAGUUCCUAUGUUGAGGAAUCGGACGUUACUGGCGCGUCAGAUGUGCAGAGUAGUGUGCCAGUGAGCCUCUCUUAUGAGAGCAGACAAAAGUACUCGACCGCCCAACUGAGCAGGAGGGCUGAGCACAUUCUUGCUAAUGCGAAAAGGAGAUUGACGACUAUGGAGGACAAUCUCACGAGGGCUCGGACCUCACUGGCUGUUGCAACUUACUCGUCCGGUUCCAAUGGCUCAACUCCUUCUCCGCCAAUAGCACGGGCGACGUCUGCACUCUACAUGUCGACAACGUCUCCUUCAUCGCCCGCUCUCUCGGGUCACAGCAGAAAGGGCAGUGAUAAUUCCCUGCGCAUCGGCUUGCCUAUCAAGGUCUACCCGCAGAGGUCGUCGAGUGUCAUUGGGCUCCCCAGUGCCAGGCAGCCGCUGACCGUUUCUAAGAGUGCGGAUCAGCUGAACGGCCAGUACAAGAGGGCGUCGUACAUAGUGCGUGAGGCACCACUCGAACCGCUCAGCGAAGACGAGGCAUCACAGUUGUCGAGUCGGGCCCACCUCGACCCAUCAUAUAGGCACUCUUCGAUCACGAGUCCGACAUAUGGGGGUGGUAGCGAGCGAGGUCUCGCCCGGUCCGCCUCGGUAACGCAAAUGAGGGACAUCAAGGACCAAGUCAACGACCUCAAGGGCAAGAUCUCCAGCUUGCGGGAGCAAGCGCGGGCUGACAGCCUCAAGAGGAGGAGCAUGCAGAGCUUACGCACGCCGAGUCCCUUUACCUACUCUCGAAUUGGCCAGUGGGCAGGGGCGUCGGACUCGACAGUGGGCUCUGACACCAGAUCGGACGGUGACCCUGAUAAGCUGGGGCAUUCAAGCGACGAGACCGCGAGUGUCGGCAAGGACAGUGCCGUGAAUGUCGGCGAAAUAGGCGACGACGACGGAGGAAGUAUAUACAGUGUCGAGAAUGUUCAACACGCGGGCCAUGGCCAAGCUGCACAACUGGACCGCGACAGCGAAGCCGCACUCCGGGCGGAUGGCUUCGUCAACGUGGAAGACGACGACGACAUGUUCACCGAGAACGGCGAUGUAGACGAGGACGAGCUGGAAGAAGUUUUUGACUCAGUGAGCGAAGGCGGGGACUCGCUCUAUCACGAGGCUGUGCAGCACCAAGUCUCACACGAGGACCGAGAGGACGCCUUCGAUUACGAGCAUUUCUUUCUUCAUAGUGCCAUGGGUACGAUCAGCCAGCGCAUGGCCCGCCGCGACAGUAACGCCAGCUACACCUCAGAAUCGUCGAUCGAGACUACCAGGGGUCCGAUUACGGAGAAUCAACAGAAGAGACCACAGCAUUCCAGGCGAGGCAGCGAGGCAUCGAUAUCGAGUGUCGAGUCUUUCGCAACCGCCGAAGAGGCUCUGUCAAGCAGGCAGAGCAUGGAUAGUAGCAGGAACGCCGACACCCUGGACGACUUGCCAGAGGAGUGCAGCACUCCUAGCACUCCUUCUACCGAGACGAUGGACAGCCCGAAGACGGAAAAGCGAGCGACAGUUACCGGGCUCGCUUCGCCUCUGUACGGGCUUUCCGGCCGACCCAGUCCGGAAGGGCAGGCAAGGCGAGAGGUGAUGUACUCGACGAUCCGCCGGCCGAUGAGCUCGAACGCAGCGACGAAAACACACCGGCCUUCCGUGUCCUCGUUCGACUCCACGGGCACGACACGGAGCUUCCCACUGGUCAAUAGGGGCAGCAAGACGUCAAGCACAGGAAUGCUCACCCCCGAGGGCGGGUCCCCGGAUCAGGCAGUGAGGUCGAUCACGACGUCUCUCAUGAGCGACACGACGGCCGCCUGCCAGGAGAUGCAGAACGGCGAGACGGCCAAGAACGACGCCGCCGCCCACGGCGGGCACAAGCACAACAUCAGCAUCAGCAGUACGGCAAGCCUCAUGCAGGAGAGCAGCACGACGGCCGGCAUCGAGACGCUGCCCCGAGACGACCAGUUUCUGGUCGAGCGUACGGUGGCGAGCCUGGGUCGGUGCGUCCUCGGCCUGACGGAGAGCGGCCGGGCGAGCGUAGAGGGCCGGAUGUACAGGAGGAGGAUCGAUGCUGCGAGGAGGAUCCUCGAGGGGACGGACCAGUCGUGA